UGUUUGAGCAUAAUUUGAUUUCUACAUGGAAAAGCAAGAAAAUCAAGGAAGUUUUGUUUUGAGAUGAGAACAAAACAAAACAUGCAUUUUUCUUUUAUCCAUAUCUUGAUGGAAUACCUUUCAAAGGCUUAUGUUGCAAGCAGGUGAGAGACCCACUUAUUCUUUCUUUAAAUUUCUUUAUUUGUGUUGCUCAGUCAUUCUACUUGGAAUACACUAGUGUUAGAUGGGUACUGUUUAUAAGAAUGCCAAGGUUAUGAGGAUCUUCUCUUCACAUAAAUAAUAUUACCCAAUGAUGUGGAACAGAAAUACGUUCUUAGGAAAAAUGAUGUGAGAUUAAAAAAAAAGAUUGGCUAAAGCUAUUGAAAAAAAAAAAAAACUUAGGUAGAAGAGGAAACCCAGGACAUCCUAAAAUGAGAGUGGGAGAUUUUCAUGUACACACAGGUACACAGGAAGAGAUGCAAAGGCUCUACAGUCCCACAAGCCUAGUUUCAUUCUCUGCGGGGAUCUCUUGUGAAAACUGUCAUGUAAUGUCUUUCAGAUCCUGAGACUUCAGCAUCAUGUCUUACCAACAACAACAGUGCAAGCAGCCCUGCCAGCCACCUCCUGUGUGCCCACCCCCUAAGUGCCCAGAGCCUUGUCCUCCUCCACAGUGCCCUGAGCCUUGUCCUCCCCCAAAGUGCCCUGAGCCCUGCCCCCCUCAGCCAUGGCAGCCCAAGUGUCCUCCUGUGCAGCCUCCUCCAUCCUGCCAGCAGAAGUGCCCACCCAAGAGCAAGUGAGACUUCAGGAGUCACCAGAAACCGGGGAAGUGAAGAAAAUCUGGUUCGCCUACUUCCAUAGAAACGGCCCCAUCUUCCUUUCCCAAGCUUGUCGUUGUUCGUUACAGAAGAAUCUUUUCCACUCUUCACCCUCCAUGUGCCUCUGAUGACCCCUGAUAGAGAAGGCAUUUCUCUGAGGCUGUUUUCCUGAUCUUCUCAAGGGGCUGCUAAGAAUGGUUCUUCCUCAGUGUUUCAGUGUCCCAGAUUCUCAGAGGGAAGAACAGCAGUUCACCACCCUGUGCCCUCGGAGGAGCCUUCCCAGUCUGCCUGUCACCUGGACAGGGCAGUUGUCAGUUGCCACUGUUGUUUCAAUUCUUGAAUAAAGUACCUUUUUGGUGAUGGUCUAAUAAAUACGUUUUUGUUGCAAAAAUGAUUUUUUAACAUUGUAUUACUAUUUUGGAGUAUUUCCAACUUUUGGGGGAGGAAUUUUAAAGUUUAAUUCAAUGCUGUCUGAAUUCAGCCAUAUAAAAGUCUAAUUCAGUAUUAUUUCAAAUUUAUGUUCUUGACCAUUUAAUUGUUUUGAGGACCGAAUUACUUAACUUCUUAAGAUGUUUUCUUUUUGUACAAAGCGGAAACCUCUAUCAUCCAUCUGUCAUCUACCUAUAAUCUAUUCAACUAUUAUAUGUUAUUAAUGUGCAUCUUAGCACACAAUUAGAUCAUCACCUGUUGUGUAGUCAGUGUCAGAACUCAAUGCACGAUGCAGAGCCCAGUGGUUGUUUGUGGACUAGCAGAAGCAGUUUAACAUAAUUGUCAACACUGCCACUGUGUGACACUCUCAUAACUGCUCAUUAAAUGUUAUUUUAAAACUACAUUAUUAUUUUCUCACGGCCUCUUUAAUAGUCAGUUCACCCCAUUUCCUAUGUAAUCCUGAAGAAAAUGGGCUUUGUGGAAUGUAUGAAGUUUCCUGUAUAAAAUGAUAAUAAUCCUUAAAAAUAGGCUGGAUAGAAGAAAGGGAGAGAAAAGGGUAUUUAGAGGUCAAAUUGCUUCCUCUCUGGCCAUUCUUCCUACUUGAGAUCUCAAAAACUUCUGUAUGUUACCAUUUUCCCCAUUCUUCCCUUCUGGAAGGCAGACUUUCAUAGAGUAGAAUGUUUAAAGGCAGCUGAAUCCACAGGGGAUGAGGAUAUUGCUGUGGAUGCUCAAGAAAACACCCAUUAGUCCAAGUUCUGAGAUCAACAAAUGACUGAUGUUUCAUUACAAAGGAACCUCCAAUUGAGCUUCUGGCACUGACAUGAACCUGGCAGAGCUUUAGGCAAAAACCUUAUUUUUACAAAGACUUGAAGUUAAAUAAUUAUGUAUGUGGGUAUAAGGAUGUAGAAAGAUCCCUUUUUAGUACUCAAGUAAGCAAAGGCUACAUAAAUUGGAUUCCAAUUUCCACAUCUCUCGUAGUUUUCUAUCACUGAGGUAAGACAAGAGCAGCUUCACACAGCAUGGGAAAUUGCUGUGUUUUCUCUAAGUAUCAUCAAAGCACAGUCUCCAGGUUUUCUAAGCUUGUGUUGGAGAUCGGACCUGAAACAAAGGACAUUUCUUGUGGGAUGACACCUUUGCCUCCAAUACUUGUAUGUUGAGAUUCUAUCCCCCAGAACUCUAGAAAGCACCUGCACUUAGAGGUGUGGUCUUCAGAGAGCAGGCUAAUGUAACCUGAGGUCUUAUGGGCAGGUCUUCCUCUUGCUGGACUGGUGUCCUCCUGAGAAGGGUAAGGCACAGAGAGACAUGGGCCACACAAGGGAGAGACAAGGGGAAGAAGGCCAUCUCUGGGCCACACUGCAGAAGAGAACAUCUACAGCAAGCCCUUACGUGUGUGUCCUUCAGAGCUGUGAGAAACUAAUCUCGGCUCUUCGAGCUGCUCAGCCUGCAGAGCAUCUUACUGGAGCUCAGGCCAGCAAAUCCAGCAGAGCUAUGGAAGACAGUAAGUUCUGAAACGGGAACUGAAAUACUUCCAUCCAAGUUCUCACCUCUAAUCUGUCCCACAGUACAAAGGCUGAACUGAUUCUUUCCACUGUUGCUUCAGGUGGAGAGGGAGGAGCAAAAGGCUCAAGAGAGCAGCGCCGGGCUCCCUUGCAGGGACUGUGUCCUGCAUUGGCACGUGGCUUUCCUUUCCGGGAUUUCGAGUGCAGACUUCUCUCUGUGCAGGCCACAGAACACAGAUAUCUUGGUAGUCAGUUAUAAAGUUCUUUGGUGGUGUUUGGGG